CCGGCGCCACCUGUUUAGAGCUAACAUCAAGUCGAAGACUUGAGAAACGGAUCUCGUCGAUUGUUCCAGCGUUCCAUUUCCCAUUUUGCUCCAGCAUGGCAACGCUGCGGAGCUUCGUCCUUCUGUGUCUCCUCCUGGCGUGCUGCCUCCAGUGCGUUGUCGGCCAAGGCACCACCGCGCCAGCGACGUCGCCUGUGCCGACGAGCCCGCUCGUGCCCGUGACGACCUUGAGCACAUGCCAGGCCUGUGCCAACCUCGGUCAGUGCGGCGCCGCUUACAAGGGCCUGCCAGGCAAGUACUGCGGUCCGUGGCUCUCGGGUGGCGUCAAGCAGGUCUGCUGCUGCCCGACCGCCGCCACGUGUCGCAUCCCGCUCGACGCGAGCGCUUGCGUCUGCGGUGGCAACACGUCGCCUGCGAAAACAACGACGGGCACACCGUUCUGGGUCUGGAUCGCGAUCGGCUUUGGCGCGAUCUUGCUCGGGUGCGCGUUUUACUAUUGCUGCUGCCGCCCGUCAUACACGGAAGAAGUUGUGAUCGUGCAGCCCGGGUACGUCGGGCAGCCCGGCGUCAUCUACCAGCAACAACCCCAAGUCGUGUACGCGAACGGCGGCGGGUACGGCUACGGCGGGUACGGCGGCGCGGACGUCGGCACUGGCUUGGCCGUCGGCGCCACGGCCGGUCUUGUGGGCGGUCUUGCGAUUAGCGCCGCCCUGGACGCCGGCCACGGCUACGGUGGCGGCUACGGCGGUGGCUACGGUGGCGACUACGGUGGUGGUGAUGGCGGCGGCGGUGGCUUUGGCGGCGACUUUUAGAUGCGUUGAACUUCUUGCACAACUCAACACGAACAACCUUUAUUUCGUA